AUGUUUCGGAAGGGGCUAAUAUGCAUUGCAGUUGUUACUGGACUAGCUGCAGUGUGUACUGGACGUGAGUUGCGUGAAUCCGAAUCUUUCCGUAUCAGCCGAGAAUUCAAGGAUGUAUGUAAGUAUUCCAAGGAACCGAUUGCCCUACGACGAGACGGUGUUUUAAUUGUAGCAGGACAGAAUGAAACUGCAGCAGGACCUCCAAGAGAGUCCAGCUUCGGGGUCUUCUGUGUGUUCUUAUACUGUAUGAGCAAGAGAGCAGAUACAAGAAGAAAAGAGAAUGAGAUUUCAAUUGCUCAGAAAGAAUCGCCUCGCAAACUUGCUCCGGCCUAUGCCAUAAGAGAAGUGAGGCCGGAGGGUGGACACCAACAGCUCGUGUUCUUUGCCAAAGACCAUGAAACGUUUAAACUAGAUGAUCUCUUAGCUGCCUCGGCUUAUUUACAAAGCCAAAGCUCUUACACCAGCUUCUACAAGGUAGUACUUAAGAACAAUGCCACUUAUGCUGUCAAAAGAUUGAAGAAAUUGCAGGUGAGUUUCGAAGAAUUUGGCCAAACAAUGAGGCGGAUAGGGAACUUGAAGCAACGGAACAUUCUUCCUCUUGACGGUUACCGUUGUACGAACGAUGAAAAAUUACUGUUCUACAAGUACCAGAGCAAUGGGAGCCUCCUAAACUUUCUACAAGGCUACAUUGAGGGUAAAAAUGAAUUCCCAUGGAGGCUUAGACUCGCAAUAGCUAGAGGAAUUGCAAAGGGAUUGGCAUUCAUACAUCAGAGUUUCAAUAACCAAGAAAGCAUUCCUCAUGGAAAUCUAAAGCUCUCAAAUAUACUGUUGAGUGACAACAUGGAACCACUGAUUAGUGAAUAUGGGAUUUCAAGGCUUUUAGACCCCAAACAGAGUUCCCUCUUCUCUUCCAACGGUUAUACGGCACCGGAGAAAAGUUUAUCUGAACAAGGCGAUGUUUUCAGCUUCGGGAUUAUCCUACUGGAGCUGCUAACCGGUAAAACCGUGGAGAAAACCGGAGUCGACCUUCCUCGGUGGGUCGGGUCGAUGGUGAGAGAAGAAUGGACCGGAGAGGUGUUCGACAAGGAUGUCCCUAGAGCUGCAAUGCAGUGGACAUUUCCUUUGCUAAAUAUCGCUCUCAUGUGUGUAUCACAUUUGCCUCAAGACAGACCGACUACAGCAGAAGUAGAGCAGCAGAUCGACAAGGCGUUGCUUGCGCAUGAAGACUGUUCGGUUUCGUCUAUGUCGUCGUUGGCAUCCGGCCACCAGGAUUGUUGUAUGCUUCAUAGUGUCAUACCCGAGACAUGGGACACACCGGGAUCGAACUAUUAGCCGAUAUUUCAAUAUGUUUUUAGAAGAAAUAAAAUCCUGUACCACUGAAGACCUUCCAUGUUAAGCUAAACAAGACUUAUCUAUCCAAGCCCUUUAAAUGAAAUACAGAAGCCAUUAAGCCUAUGUACAAAUUGAGGGCGAGAACAGAAUUAUAAGUCAUGUUACUAUCAUAAUAAACGUGACAAAUAU